AGAUGGAAAGAAACGACAGAGUAUGACAUUUGUUGCAGCCAUCGCCAAAAGGCAGUGAAAAUUUCAAUCGAUGAAACAAGUAAAGCUUAAUUUUUGUUAAAAUGUUUCAUUUUCCUCAUCAAAAUUUGUUGUGAAUCGAAAAUAUCAGUCUUCAAGUGUUGAAUAAAAGUUAUGGAUAAAAGUAAAUCACCAGUUCGCCGCGCUAAACGGCAAUCUAAAGUCGUGGAAGAAAAUUUUUGGGACUGCAGUGUCUGCACUUAUCGGAAUACAGCCGAAGCGUUCAAGUGCUUGAUGUGCGACGUACGAAAAGUAUACUCGGUUCCAGGCACGUCGACCCGAAAACCUCGCCUCAACUCAGCCCUGGUGGCCCAGCAGGCAGCAACACAGGCCUUUCCCGGCGCCUCAGGUACUCCAGCUCCGAACUCCAAAUCACCCGGAAGCAAAACAUCACGGCAUAAAAACAAACGAUCCAAAUACCCUGCUCGAUUGAAAAACAUUGAUCGAUCCAGUGGCCAAACGCGGGAGGUCACCGUCAAUUCGGUUACCGUUGUCAUCACCGAGUACAAACCGAAAACCACAGUGAGUCGACACGACUCGAGCGAAAGCUUUAGUGAAAGUAAUGAUUCGAGAAGUUAGAUAAAUUGCUACUAAUAACAGAAUAUUCCCUAUUGCGAAUGUACACAGUUUUAACUAUUGAACCGAACUUGAAUGAUAGUUUAGCAAUCACUACGCAUGAAUUUUGUGAAUAAUAGUUUGUAACUGCUCAACUUUGUUUGAUUUUGUAUUAUUUAUUCCAAAUGUUACUUCCAACUGUUACAAUGAAUUGAUUCAUAUCGACAGUGCUUUUGUGUUACUUACUCUUAAAAGUAUUCUAUAAAUCCUAUACGGAAUUUCAUUAAACACUUCCAAACAAUGAUAUUAAAUUACCAUCAACUAAUAAUCACAGAUUGUAUUAGACAUAAGAAUGUACUGAGUAUAAUGUAAAUUUUUUAUAGGCUUAGGUAACAUUUAACUUAGACAUUUCAAUUGAAAAUCAUUUCAUGUAAACUCAUAAUUGUUUCUAUUAGUAAUGUUACAGUAGUUGAUUUUUGUUUAACUAAACCUUGUACUAUGAUAACAGCAUAGCAUAAGGUUGAUCGCGUAAUGUAAUAGUGAAAACUGCCACAAGUUUCUGAAACCACACAAUUCACAAUGUUUUUAGAAAACCCGAAUACAAAAUGGUAGUUUUUAAGCUUAUCGCGAUAAAUCUCUAAGCUUCAGACGCAUCUCACAAGAGCAGACAAAUAAUUCCAUGAAUGGAAGAAGAAGUGAGAAAGGCUGUCGAACGACAAUGCAUUUAUUUUUAAAUGAAAAAUGGAAAAAUAAAUACAGCUAUCCAUCGAAUAUAUUAAUAUAAAGAAGUCGUAAGCAAAGAAAAAAACAAAUAUUGUCGAAGGCAAGAUAAUAUUCACAACAAAGUCUGAUAAAUCCGUCAGAAAAGAAAUUUGUGUAGUGAGCUAGAUUGAAUACCUAAAUUCUUAUUCGUUGAGAUGAUGAACUGAGUAAAGUCUAGCCAUGUAAACAAAUAAAUUGAUAUAGUAAUUCA